GGAAAUGAGCUCCUCCACACCAGCGCCAUGAGUCACGCACAAUGUCCGUGGUGAAACCUUAAGCUACCUUUUCGUCCUCCUGAACCACGAGCUGGUUUCAGCAUCCAUUUAGGUAGAGGAAGUCGACUGUCGGAAUCGUUAUGGACGCGGAUCAAGCUCCCGCGAGCUAUGGGGCCACCAUUGCGCAUCCCAGAUCCUCUGAUGCACCAGUAUCGGAACCAGAGGAAAUUCCAGUCAGUGAUUUGCGCCCUUUUCCGAUGUAUGUUGGGCGUGGUGGUCUCCACCGUGGACUCUCCGCGCGUCAAGUCUCGAUGAUUGCAAUAGCUGGGACUAUCGGUACUGGACUGUUCUUAGGGACUGGGCGUUCCUUGGCUCAAGGAGGGCCGGCCAGCAUGCUCAUCUGCUACGGCUUCAUCGGUGCGAUUGUCUAUGUCACGCUGUUGCUGCUCGGCGAGAUGGCCACGCAAUAUCCUGUAGCUGGUUCAUUCAACGCCUAUGCGACGCGAUUUUUCUCGCCUGCCUACGGAUUUGCUCUCUCAUGGAACUACUGGUUCAAUGACGCCGUUUCUGUGGCAUCAGACCUGACUGCGGCCCAGCUGGUUCUACAAUUUUGGACGACCUGGCACCCAUGGGCCAUCAGUCUUGUUUUCUGGGUCUUCUUAGUAGCGGUAAAUGCAGCACACGUGAAGGCCUACGGGGAGCUCGAAUAUUGGCUCUCCUCCCUCAAGGUGGUCACAGUCAUAUUUUUCGUCAUUGUUGGAAUAUUCGUGAACCUCGGAGUCAACCGCGAACACGAAUUUAUUGGAUUGCGAAAUUGGCACAUUGAAGGGGCACCGUUCGUUGGUGGAUUUGGGGGUUUUGCCAGGGUCUUUGUGACUGCUAGCUUUGCUUACGGAGGAACCGAGAGCCUCGGCAUCACUGCUGGAGAGACCAAGAAUCCGUCACGCAAUAUGCCCCGGGUAGUGAAAUUUGUCUUUUGGAGAAUUUUGCUGUUCUACGUUCUAAGCAUUGCACUCAUUGGGUUGAACGUCCCUUGGAACUACCCUGGAUUGUCGAACAGAACUACUACAACUUCCCCCUUUACCAUUGUUUUCAAAGAGGCAGGAUCAAACGUCGCCGCGUCUUUCAUGAAUACAGUCAUCCUGACCUCGGUCCUCUCUGCUGGAAAUCACGCGCUCUUUGCAGGCACCCGCGUACUGUAUGGUCUAUCAGUUACUGUUCCUUAUCCGCAAGCUCCGCAGAUCUUCUCGAGAACGACUAAAGCCGGCGUCCCGCUGGCUGCACUCCUGGCCACGAGCAGCGUAAGCAUCAUAUGCUUUGGGACUAGCUUCGUCGGCAGCGGUGUUCUGUGGGGGUGGCUGCAGAACAUUGUCGGGGUUUCUAAUCAGAUCGCAUGGCUAUCGAUUGGCCUCGCGAGUUGGCGAUUCCGCAGGGCAUGGAUACGUCAAGGCCGACCUAUCGACGAAAUGAAAUUUAGAGCCUCGUGGACUUGGCCAUGGGGCCCGCCGUUCGUGGUGUCUUCUGUCACCGCUCUAAUCAUAGUCCAAGGCUGGUCCUCCGUGAUACCCAGGUUUUUGCCGGUCGACUUCAUUUCAUUUUACAUUGAGAUCCCUGUAAUGUUGGCGAUGUUCUUCGGCUGGAUCUUCAUCAUGCGAGCGGCAGGGUCUGCAUCCCUGGAGUCUGAACCCGAGUUUGAUACCUCAUCAGCGGGUCCCAACGUGCCGUUGCUCCGCCGAUCAAUCCACCGGAAGCGAAAGAGAUACCACGAUCUAGUCGACUUGGAUACGGUGGAUUUGACCAAAGAUGAGUACGAAGAGGCUGAAACGGAUAGAUCUGAUGACGAGGAAAGGGAAAAAAGGCUGAAUGGGUGCACUGGAUGGCUAUGGGCGAUGUACUACUGGAUUGUGUAGAUGUAAGCUAUUAGCUGGUACUGAUAAGAUCUUACGCGCGGCAAUCAGUACUCCCACAGGCGCC